AUGAACAACCAAUUUUAAUCUCACUAAGGCAAAUAAUAGUUUAAGAUCAAAUCUUAUUUACAAGGCAGAGUAUUGAAAGCCAAAAAAUUGAACAACAGCUUUCUCUUCCACAAUCAAAGAUCGAUAGCGUUACUCAAAACUGGAAUGCUGGUUUAUUAUUCUAAGUGUGUCAAAUCCCCCUAAGAAAAUGCUGAUCUUAUGAAAUCAAAACCUAAAUAUGGAGUGUAUUUUAACAAUGCGCUUUAUUCCUGUGUUAAAAUAUCAAACCAAGAAGUUGAAUUAAUUGUAAAGUUUAAAAAAUCUUAACUAUACAAAUUCGAUGAUAAUUUGAUCAAUUAUGUAGAAGAGCCUAGAUCCUAGGAUAUAGUUCUUUGGAUCUUUGUCAUUCAAAUGGAUUAGUUACUUUCAAAAAAUAAUUGUGAUAUUAAUAAAGGUCGUGACAGUUUGAAUUCUUUAUAAAACUUCCAGGGGUUUUGCUUUGAUGAAAGAACACAAAAAAGUAAUUACUACUAAGCAAAGACAGAGAAAACAUCAAUUGAAUAAAGAAUUAAUACAAAUGAUGUCAAAAUUAAAAAAAGGGUUCAAUGGCUUGAUAAUUUUACUUAAUAAUAAAUUGUGGAAUAAAAUUCAUAAAAUUUUAUCCUAGAAUAGAAUAUUUAGAAUACUUAAUAAAAAUAAUAAGAAGAUGAAUGGGAAAUAAAUCAAGAGAAUACGGAUCUCUCUGUAAAGAGUAUUUAAAUCAGAAUGGGCUCUUUUUCAUUAAAUGGAUCCAGUAAAAACAAUAAGUUAGAGUGAAUAUUUCUUCAUAUAUUUAACAAUCUAAUCUUCUUUGUGA